AUGGAAAACAUACAUGAAGAUCCAAAUUUUGUGUCUCUUCGAGAAUAUUAUUGUUAUAAACUUCAGAUUAGGGACAAUGAUGAAUCUUGGCUAUUACAUUUUGCUCGCCUCCUACAACAAUAUAUUGUUGAUCAAUAUGUGAAGCUUGAGACACAAAGACUUGACUUCUAUAGAUUACAACAAGAGGAAAUUAAGAGAGAGUUCUUGAAAGGCAUAAUAGAUGCUUUAGGAUCAGGCGAGAGUCAAGCAUCUAAUGUUGGCCAACGUAUCAUAUUACCGCCAUCAUUUAUUGGAGGGCCGAGAAAUAUGAGACGUAAAUACAUGGAUGCAAUGACAUUAGUACAGAAGUAUGGUAAACCGGAUAUAUUUCUGACCAUGACUUGCAAUCCUAAUUGGCCAGAAAUAAAAGAGCACUUAAUAGAUAAAGAAGAGGCACAAAACAGACCAGAUUUGCUUGCUAGAGUAUUUCAUGCUAAGUUAAAACAGCUUAAAGAUGAACUUCUGAAAAAAUGCAUCUUUGGUGAAGUGGCAGCUUACACUUAUGUCAUUGAAUACCAAAAACGUGGACUGCCACAUGCACACUUCUUGCUAAUUUUAAAGUCAAAAUUCAAGAUGUAUACUCCUGAAGAAUAUGAUAAAAUUGUCUGUGCUGAGAUACCAAAUAAAGAGAAAAACGAACAUCUAUAUAAUUUGGUUAUUAAACAUACGCUUCAUGGACCAUGUGGUUCACUUGAUCCAACAAAUGUAUGCAUGAGAAAAAAUGGAACUUGCAAGAAUAAUUUUCCUAAAAAUUUCUGUGAGGAAACUAUCCAAACUCUUAAUGCAUAUCCUGAAUAUCGAAGGAGAGAUGAUGGAGUUCAAAUUAAGAUCAAAUCAGCUCUUUUAGAUAACAGAUGGGUUGUACCAUACAAUCCAUAUCUUUUGGCUAAAUUUGAUUGCCAUCUUAAUGUUGAAAUGUGUUUUACAAUUAAGGCAGUCAAAUACAUUUACAAGUAUAUCUAUAAAGGUCAUAAUAGAACUAACUUUUGUGUAGUAAAUAAUAAACCUGAUUCAGAAAUUGAUGAAAUUAAACAAUAUGUAUCAGCUAGGUGGGUUUCUCCACUUGAGGCAGCAUGGAGAAUCUUUAGAUUUUCUAUGAGUGAAAUAAAGCCAGCUAUUAUUCAUUUACAAUUGCAUUUGGAAAAUUAUCAGCCAAUGAGUUUCAAAAAAACAGCUAAUCUUCAAAAUGUUGUCAAUAACUAUCAUUUGAAAAAACCAAUGCUCACUGAAUUUUUUUACAUGAAUAGGACAGAUAAAGCAGCUCAGGAUCUAAAUUGUACUUAUGUAGAGUUCCCUGAUCAUUUUGUCUGGUUACCUAAGCAAAAAUACUAG